AUGCCGAUGCAGAUGCGCCCCGACCAACAAGCAUUGUUCCAACAGCAGGAAAGCUUCAGGCAACUGAAUGAGUUGCUUUUACAGCCUCAGACCCCUCAAAGUGAUGCCUACAGCCAUCCAUUAGAAGCCAACAGUCCUUAUGGACCUCCGUUUCCUGGACUUACCACAAUUUCGGAUCAUUUGCAGCUAGUGACCGAGCUCAUGAAGCCACUAGUAUUCACCAACGCCAACCUGACCAACCUAACUCAAACCCCUUGCUAG